CUUAAUUGGGUGUUUAUUAUUUUUAGUUUACGAAAUUUAUUCGUGUUUUUUUGGCAAAGUGAAUAACCCCGUAUUAUAUAGUCAUUAUGUAAAAUGUCUACAAAAUGUAGAUAUUAUGAGUUUUGCCUAGUCUUCAUGUGUGACAGUCAAUAAACCAGUAUACAAUUUAUGCUACUUAAUAAAGUAUUCAAUUAUUAUAACUGAACUUAUUUAAACUGUAUGAUACUACAGUCCACUUAUUGACAGUACAUUCUGUACUCAGUGUAAAUCUGUUGUUUAUACAAUAAAGUACAUGAUGGAUGCAAAAUCAAAAUUUAAUACUGAGUUAAAAAAAAACCGAGAGAAAUUAGCUAAAAAUGCUUCAUGUUUAACUGAUGAGCAAUAUAAUAAUAUAAUCGGACAAAUAUUAGAAUUAAAACGCGGAGUUAAGAAAAAGGAGCCAAGAGACUUUCAGCUAUUAAAAAGGUUUGAUGUAAUAUUAGUUCAAGACAAAUAUAAAUUGAUAGUUCCUAUGAAAGACAAAAGUGUUGUCCUGUAUUAUGUGUCUGAUGGAAACCUUUAUAAUUUAUUAAAAUCUACUCAUGUUUCGAUUGGGCAUGGUGGACGUGAUCGGAUGAUAAAGGAAUUAAGUAAAAAUUAUAAAAAUAUAAGCCGUAGUGAUAUUUGCACAUUUUUACAAAUGUGUGAACCAUGCCAAAAAAAACAAAGGAGUAUUAAAAAAGCCAUAUUUGUAAAACCAAUUAUUUGUACUGAAUUCAAUUCCAGAUGUCAGGUUGAUUUGAUUGAAUUUCAAUUUAUUGAUGGAAAAUUUAAGUAUAUAAUGAUCUAUCAAGACAACCUUACAAAAUUUGUAGUGCUAAGACCCUUAGAGCAUAAACUAAUUGAAGAAGUAGCUUACAACCUUGUCGAUAUAUUUACUUUGUUAGGAGCCCCUUGUAUUAUUCAAUCUGUUCAUGGUCGAGAUUUUUCUAAUGGUAUAGUUAACUGUCUUCGGGGCCUCUGGCCAGAAUUAAAAAUUGUUCAUGGUGAACCUAGCCAGUCCCAAGAAAACGAAGAACAAGUAAAAAAAGACGUCAAGAAUAUGUUGAUUACUUGGAUGCAGGAUCGAAAAAGCUCUAAUUGGAGUGAAGGUCUUCGUUUCAUUCAGUUAAUGAAAAAUGAAGCUUAUCAUUCGGGCAUAAAAAUGUCACCUCAUGAAGCAUUAUUUGGUACCAAAGUUAAAGUCGGGUUAAGUGAAAACAUUUUAUCUGAUAAUGCUGCACUAAAUGUAGAUAGUGAGGAAGAUUUAAAAGAAAUUAUUCAAAAAAGUAAAGUUAUAAAUAAAAAACAAAAUUUAUCAAAUUCUGACACUAGAAAUGAAAAAAGGAUUUCUGUUAUUCAGUUAAACAACAAAAAUGUAAAUGAUUCGUGUAAAAUUGUAAAAGAAAAUCUCAAAAGGCAAACAAAGGAAAUUAAAAAAAAUUCAGAUACAAAUCUUUUACCAGCCGAAAUUGGAUCAGUACAACCUACAGUUCUGAAAAAUAACAAAUAUCAUGGGAAAUUAAGAAAUGUAUUGCCAGUUAUAGAGAUGUUAACGACUGAUGGCUUUUAUAAGGCUAGAACUCAAGAUGGAAUUUUAACGCAACCUCAUGCCAGAAGUGUAUUUAAUAUAUGUCAAAAAAUGCUUACACCGUCUAUUAAUGAGACGGUGGAAAAGGAUGUGGCAUUAGGAACUUUGUCAAAUGAACAAUCAAUAAUUUCUGAGCAACCACAUACCAAUGGAAAUGUCAAAAUUAAAAAAGCCCAAGAAGUGUAUGUCAAACAACAGAAUAAGGAAAAAGCAAGAAUGAUACAGUUCCGUAAUGAAACCGAGAAAAAAGUGACAUCAUUUGUUCAAGACGAUCACCAGACUCGUUUGAAAUUCCCUACUUUGAAUAAAGUGUUACGCAAUAUUGUACAUGAAAUUGCCGAGGAUGCUGGAAUGUUAGCUUAUUCUUUUGGAGAAGAAGAAGUUGAUCGUUAUAUUAUGAUAUUCAAGAAAGACUCUCCGCCUUCUGAGGAUGAAUUAAAUGCACUCCGAAAUGGUCAAGAAUGGAAUGAUGAUAUUGCUAAAAGAUUAUUAGAACAGAGGGAACAAGUUAAAAUUGAAGAAAUGUUAGAUGAAGAAAAACGAAUGAUGCUAAAGCGAACCAACCAAGAUAAGCCUAAAUAUAAUUACAAAGAAAAAUUCCAACACCUUGUUGGUUUAGAAGCAGCUGAACAAGCAGCACGGAAGACAGAAACUAAUAAAUCUUAUGGAUUUGUUCCAAGUGAAAAUAAAAAGGAUCAAAGGUCAAUCGAGCAAACACUAGCAGACAUACGUGAAAAAAAACGAUUGAAAAUAGAAAAUGACAACUCUCAAAGUCAAUCUUUAAAAACAGACUAAUUUUAUUUUGUUAUAGUCUACAUUUCUAUGAAAUAUGUGUUAAAGGUUUAUUAAAUCAGGCAAAAUAGGAAUACAGGACAUAUAAAAAUUGCUUAGAAUAAAUAUAAAACAAAGAAGUGUAAAAAUUAAAUUCUCACAUUUAAAUGUAUUAUUGUAACAAAUUAUUCAAAAAUAUAUACUCAUUUUAUUUUUAAUUAAUUGUGUAAAGCAAUACUCAAUAUAUUUUUGAUAUUUAUUUGACUAAAUCAGAUGUUAACAUGUAAACCUAGUAAUAAAUGUAGAAGUAAUCAAAAAUAGUUGUAUAUUAUGUGUAAUUUGUAUGAUUUAACAUUAUUUUGAUUUUUGUUAUUGAUUUAACUAUAUAAGUUAAGAAUCAAAUUUUAUAAUAAAUUGUGUUAUUAGUUACCAUGUAUGAGUAAAGAUA